AAAUGCUCAGUUGAGAAAGUGACUCGAUGGAUAGCGAUUCAUCGCGUUAGUUGCUCUAGCCACAGUUUAAUAAUUAGACAACGAAAAAGAAUUAUAGUUUUAAAACUUGUUUAACUGUGCUAAAGUGAAUGUGCCCUACGCGUGGUGGCCUGGCAACCAAGAAAUUCCGACUACCAACAACGUUCAGUUCCGUUGGCCAUUUUCCAACAAAUCAUUUCUGGUUCGAGUGGAAUACACCGAAUUGAGAUUGUGUUUUCUUAACACAAAAUCUACACAAAAGAAAAAGUUGACUUACCUUUUUUUUGGAAGUGGCUGUGUAGUAGAAAAUCCUGCAGCGAGUGAAGACGACGAGGUGGAUAUUAUUUCAUCAGGAAUAUAACCGACGAGAUUCAUUAAUCUGACGUCAUGGAUUUGUACGCAAUCCACAAGUCAUUUCUUGACUUGCAAUCAGAUCUCAACCGGGGCGAUGCCGACAGUCCGACCGAUGUCCAGCAGUCGAGAAGCCGGGAGGAAAUGGCCCGUCUGAGUAAACUCAUCAACAUGGCCAUUUUCAAAGGGAUGGUGCCGUCCAACCGGCAGGCAACGUACGACGUCAAUUACGACAGCAGCGACUCAGUUGAAGAAUUACUGGCCCCGCUGCUCCCGUACUUGAAUGACGAUGGCCAUCCGUCGCCAUUGACUCCGACAAAGCCCAGCAGCACGGAAUUCAAUCCCAGUUUACUAUUGCCAUUUGGCGGACGUGGCGGCGGCUCGUCCAGCCAAAACACUAUGAAUUCAGCCAAUCAUUCCGGAGGAUCGUCCAGAGUCACCUUGGCCGAUCAGUUUACGUGGGGAGCUGUCGUUUGCGCUGGCGUCUUUGUGGUAGUUUUCAUUUGCGUCAUGGCUGCCUGGUGGGUUCACAAGAAACAGCAGUCCCGUGUCAGCCGUCGAUCUGCGCAUAGAGAAGCCCGAAGGCGAAUGGCCGAAGGAGGUCCUUACUGCAUUGAAAAUGACGUCAGAGGCCCUGGCAACGUUCCAAUCGGCGACAUUCAACGGCCGCCUUCCUAUUUUGAAGUGAUCGGAUUUUUUGAUCCACCUCCUUCCUACAGCGACGUCUUGGGCGAAGGAUCCGGCCAGCUGGAAUCCAACCAACAACAACAGGCUUACGAUAACGUCGUGGUGGUGACAAUGGACGAGCUUCCUCCGCCCUUUGUGGAAGGGGAUUACAUUAAAUCGGUUGAGAAGAAUGUCGUCGAAGAAGAAGAGUCGAUCAUUGCUGCUGAACCCCAAACGAGUGCCAUAAGUAGUCUCCCCCCAAAUAACACUGCGACUGUGAUAGCCGGGCGCGAAGGACAUCAGCAGGAAGGAUCGAAUUCUUGAAUUUAAAUAUUCUAUUUGAUUUACUUUAUCGAUCGCCUGACUCUUGAUUCGAAAAAAGCUAAAAAAGAAAAAAAAAAAGAAAAAGUGUUUUCCAUGCAACAGUGCCUUACUUUGUAUAUUUAUAAAGAAAAAGAAAUCUCGACCACAAAUCCCCUCCCUCUUGUGUACAACAAUGUGUAUAUGACCAUGACGCGUCAUAAUAUAAAUAAAUUCUUGGAAAUGA